UCGGCUCCAAUGGGGAGCUCGGUGCAGACGGGGGUCUCGGCUCCAACGGGGAGCUCGGUGCAAGGCGGGAGCUCAGCACCGGCAGCUCCUCUCCGUCCCGCCCCGCCGGGGCACUCCCUUCCCCGCCCCUCUCCCGCCCCUCCGGGCCCUCCCCCCGUGUCACGGCGGCGCCCGCAUUCGGGGCCGGGCACGGCGGAGGGGAGGGGAGCGCCGGGACCGGACAGGAGCGCUCUGCAGCCGCCCCAGCAUGUGGCCCGCCCGCGCCGUGGCGGCAUCACGGCGGCGGCGGCGGCGGCGGGCGGGGGCGCGGCGGCUGGAACGGAGCGGGGGGGCGUAGGGGCGGGGAAGCCCCCGGUGCUGUCAGGUGCCCCACAGCCCGCCCGGGACCGAGGAUGCCGCCCGCUUCAUCUGUUGCUGCCUGACCGCCCGGUACCAGCUCGGUCGCUCCGGUUCAUCUGUUGCCGCCUGACCGCUCGGUGCCAACCCGGUGACUCCGGUUCAUCUGUUGCCGCUUGA